GAAUUGAGACACAUUUAUUUACUCGACCGUAAACAGCAAGUAGUUGCUACUCUACUAGACUAGUACUAUGAUUUUUCAUUCAUGGUUUUCUAUUCUCUCAUUAUUUUAUUUUUGUUCAUGUUCUUGAAAAGUAAGAAUGAAGACCCAAAACUGAGUAGACUUUUUGCAGUCUCUGUUUUCACAUUAAAUUUCCUUUCUUUCUCUCUCUAGAUUUCCGAGCCGCCGACUUGCUAUGCUAACCCCAGUUCUCAUUCUCAUCUCCGGACUGGAGUUUUUCUUCAUUAACUUUCCUUAGUAACUUUGCUUGGCAGAAUUUGGUGAUUUUGGAAUCUGGGUUUUGUUUUUGAGCUAAUUCUAAGUUAUGGGGAUUUGCUAUUUUAGCUUGGUUUGAUUAGAAUUGGUAGUUGGGUAUAUGAAAGAAAGAAAAACGAAAAAGCAAGAUUGACUGGUAGAUACGGUAAAAAGCGAGCAAAUAUCGACUCCCCAAGAAAAGAUAGAUAUCAGAAAGUUUCUUUAGCAACCCCCUGCCCCCUCCCCCGAAAAAAAAAAACCCACCUAGAAGUAAUCAUGUCGGCCGACCCAGAUAACUCAUCCGCCAUGAACGAUUCCACAGGCUCAGGUGAAGCAAGCGUUUCGUCUUCAGGUAAUCAAGCAGUUCCUCAGAAAGAAUCUGGAAAGAAGAAACGGAAUCUUCCUGGGAUGCCAGAUCCCGAUGCAGAGGUUAUUGCUUUGUCACCUAAAACUUUGCUGGCGACGAACAGAUUCGUUUGUGAAAUCUGCAGUAAAGGAUUUCAAAGAGACCAGAAUUUGCAGCUUCACAGAAGAGGUCAUAAUUUGCCAUGGAAGCUGAGACAGAGAUCAAGCAAUGAGGUGAAGAAGAGAGUAUAUGUUUGCCCUGAAUCCACUUGUGUUCACCAUGAUCCUUCUCGGGCAUUGGGUGAUUUGACCGGAAUCAAGAAACAUUUCUGCCGUAAACAUGGUGAGAAGAAGUGGAAAUGUGACAAAUGCUCCAAGAAAUAUGCUGUUCAGUCUGAUUUAAAGGCUCAUUCAAAGAUUUGUGGAACUAGAGAGUAUAAAUGUGAUUGUGGCACCUUAUUUUCAAGGAGGGAUAGCUUUAUCACCCACAGGGCAUUUUGUGAUGCAUUAGCUCAAGAAAGUGCUAAAGCACUGCCAGAGAAACCUCCUAAUGCUAAUGAGGAGCCUAAAACACAAGCUGUUGCUUCAUCAUCACCACCGCCAACACCACCGGCGCCUCCACCUGCCACCGAGACUCAACCACCACCGCCACCAGCUCCAAAGCCUUUAAUAAUCCCUGCAGUUCCUCCAUCAACUUCCGUAAUGUCAUUUGCUUCCUCUGUUCAGAAUUCAGAGUUGCGGGAGAAUCCAAACACAAAUUCUGCUGGAACUGCUACGAAACAGGUUCUGGAGGAAGCAGCAGCAGUAGCAAGCUUGACUGGAAACUGUAGCAGCUCUUGUAGUAAUGGAAGUAGAAGCAGCAGUGUCUUUGGAAGCUUGUUUGCUUCAUCAACAGCUCCGGGAAGUUUGCCAUCUCAAGCUCCUGGUUUUGCUGAUAUGUUUCGAGUCGUGGCUCCUGACCGCCCUCUCGAGAUGGCACCACCUUCUUCAUCUACAGAACCAAUAUCUCUCGGCCUAGCAAUGAGUCACAGUUCGUCAAUUUUUCGAUCCGCUGGGCAAGAACGGAGGCAAUAUGCUCCUGCACCACAACCAGCCAUGUCUGCAACAGCAUUGCUGCAGAAGGCAGCUCAGAUGGGUGCAGCAGCAACUAGCUCAUCGUUGUUGAGGGGCUUUGGGGUUAUGUCCUCCACAUCGUCUUCUAACGGGCAGCAAGAAUGGAGUGGAAGAACAAUUGAUGCCAAUGGUGCGUCAUUGGCUGCAGGCCUUGGUCUUGGACUGCCUUGUGACGCCGGUUCUGGUCUGAAGGAAUUAAUGUUGGGAACUCCUUCUGUUUUUGGUCCUAAACAUCCUACUCUUGACCUUCUUGGAUUGGGGAUGGCGGCUAGUGUCGGUCCAACGCCUGGAUUAUCUGCAUUAAUAACAUCCAUAGGUAAUAAUCUGGACAUGGUGACUUCAGCUGGAUCUUUUGGUAGUGGAGAUUUCAGUGGGAAAGACAUGGGAAGAAAUUCAUGAUAUCAACUUCAUUACUCAGUCAAAAGAUUGAUCAUACUUGUUCUAGUUGAGAAGGGUCGGGUUUAAUUUAUUCUGUAAAGUAUAGGACCAUGGAAUUUUAGUUGAUGCAGCAGAAAACCAAGUUGGCAACCCCAGAGAAUUGAAGCAUAGCAUGGCAGGAGGAAAGCUCUCUGAGGCAGUUGGACACUUUUAAGAUUGUUCUACUGCCUCCAUUGUGUAGGAAAAGAUUAAAGGUUUUUUUUUCUGCUGUACAGUAGAAGAUGAAUGUAUAGCUGCAUAAACUCCUCUGCUGUUUGUUACAAAUGAAGUUGUUUUGUGAAAAUAUAUAAGUUACUAUAUAAGUAAAUUUAACCAA